AUGAAGACUAUGACGUUUCUUUCAAAUUUUUUAAUAAAAACAGAACUAGAGUUAUUUUUUUUGUUAAGAAGAGCAAUAAGAGUGUUAGGAUUGCUUGUCUUUAGAAGAAACCGUAAACACCUUCUAGCUGUAUUAUUGAGAGUAGAGUUUAUUAUACUUUCCUUAUUUUGAUUUAUUAGUUUAAUAUUAAUAGAUUUUUUUUCUGUGGGUUUUAUCAGCUUAAUCUUUCUUACAUUUGUUGUUUGUGAGGCUAGUUUAGGAUUAGCUCUUUUAGUUUGUUUAAUUCGAUCCCAUGGGGUAGAUUUUUUUGAUACUAUAAAUAUUUUAAAAUGUUAA